AUGGUAUUGGGUUGGCGGAGAGCCUUCUGCACAUCAAUCCGGAAGGAUCAAGAGCGAGAUUCGGCCAUUAUCAGAGAGAGACCCGACCCGGUCCCCAGGAUCCGAUCCACCAGGCUUGGCGGGUUCUUCUCCGAGCCAUCAACCCCUCGUUUGCAGUCUCGUCCCGUUAGCCCCACCCUCCGCUGCAGAACCACCGCCGCCGCCGCCUCUGCUCCGCCGUGCGAGAAGGGCCCGCAGAGCCCGAAGCUUCACUGCAAGACCAAAAACAGCCCUAGAUUUUUCCACCGAUCGGCCCCUUCUUCACCUCGUUCUCCCUCCACAUUCUCUGUUCUCAAAUCUAGUCUGCGCCUGUCAAAGAGUAGAUGUGGAGUGUGCUUGCAGAGCGUGAAAACGGGGCAGGGGACGGCCAUAUUCACGGCGGAGUGCGGCCACAGCUUCCACUUUCCGUGCAUCACGGCGCACAUGGAGAAGCGGGGCUCUCUCACAUGCCCCAUUUGCAGCGUCACGUGGAAGGAAAUGCACCUCCUGACCGCCGGCAAUAGGGGUUCCGAUUCUAUUUGCCCAGAUUUGAGCUCCAAAAAUGACAAGCGCUGUGUGUUCAAGGUUUACAAUGACGAUGAGCCUCUUUCUUCUCCGAGUUCCGGUGCCCUCUUUAACCCCAUACUCGAGUCCGAUGAGACGGAAGAGGAAAACGAUGAUUUUCCGGGCUUUUUCCCAGCCGGGCCGAUGGAUACCAGGAUGAAAAGCGUUGAGGUGGCUCUGUUGUCUGAGGCGGCGGUGGUUUCGGUCGGGAAGACGAGCGAGACCUACGCAGUCGUCCUCAAAAUCAAGGCGCCGGCGUCGGCUGUGCGGAGGGCACCGGUCGAUCUGGUGACGGUGCUCAACGUCAGCCGGAACAUGACCCCCGACAAACUCCGGCUCAUGAGAAGGGCGUUGCGGAAGGUGGUCUCCUCCCUCUCCGCCGCCGAUCGUCUCUCUAUCGUGGCCUUCUCCACCGCAUCGAAGCGGCUGCUGCCUCUCCGCAGGAUGAGCACCACCGGCCGGAGAUCGGCGCGGAGGAUCAUCGACGCCGUCGUCGCGCUGGACGACGUCGGCGGCCCCACCAGCGCCGCGGACGCCCUGAAGAAGGCAGUGAAGGUACUUGACGACCGCCGAGAGAGGAACGCCACCGCCGGCAUCAUGCUCCUGACCGACGGGCACCGCGGCGCCCAGCCAGUGACCUCCACGCGCAAGAGGGACAUCGCCGUCCACUCAGUCAACCUGAGCGCGUGGCUCAGCUCGCCGGCGGACGAGGCCGUCGGGAAGUGCAUCGUCGGCCUCAUAGGCGACGUGGUUCAAGACUUGAGGGUCCAGUUGGGGUUCGCUCCGGGGUCUGCCCCCGGCGAGAUAGCGGGCGUGUAUUCGUACGCGGGCCGGCCGGCCAUAGUCGGAUCCGGGUCCGGGUGGUGCCGGGUCGGGGACCUGCACUCUGAGGAGGAGAGAGAGUUGCUGAUAGAAUUAAUAGUCCCAUCAUCAUUAUCAUUGGGUGGGGCCCGCCGCCAGCUGUCCGUUCGGUGCUCCUACAAAGACCCGUCAACUCACCAGACCAUAUGCGACAAGGUGGAGCGUCCCCUCACGAUCCCACGCCCACGCGCCGUCGGUUCAUCCACGCGCGACAUCCAGAGGCUCAGGUGCCUCUUCGUCACCACACGCGCCGUCGCCGAGAGCCGCAGGAUGGCCGAGAGGGACGACGUGGUCGGCGCCCACCACACGCUGGCCUCCGCCCGGGCCCUGGUCCUCCAGUCUGGCUCUGGAUCGGGCUCGGAGUUCGUGCGCGGGCUGGAGGCCGAGCUGGCGGAGCUGAACUGGAGAAGGGGGGCCGCCGAGAAGGUGGAGCCGCUGACGCCGACUUCGGCUUGGAGGGCGGCUGAGCGGCUGGCUAAGGUGGCCAUCAUGCGCAAGUCUCUGAAUCGAGUCAGCGAUUUACAUGGCUUCGAGAACGCGAGAUUUUAG